AUGUCUGUUGCCAGAGCAUCGCUCGUUCUCGCUCAAGCAAUCUGUGCGCAAAUCGUGACGACGCCACCCAAGAACAAUGCGAACAGUACCACAGGAAAGUAUCACACACAAGAGUGGUGGAUAUUUCGGAUCGCACCAUUCAUCUUCGCCCUCCAGCAACCGUUCAUCUGGACCUGCGCCUUGCUCGAAGUGCUCUCCCUCCUCCCUCUGUACUCGUCAUCCCUCUCCCUCCCGUCACCAUUACAAUCACUUUUCCCAGCAACACCAAGCGUCAAUCACCGCGUAACGCCGCUCUUCAUUCUCGGCACUGCCGCCAUUCUACUCGGUUCCUACAUCCGUAACACUUGCUUCUCCACACUCGGCAAACUCUUCACCUUCACACUCACAAUCCAGAAAGAUCACUUCCUCGUGACUACCGGUCCUUAUUCCGUCGUUCGGCACCCUGCCUAUACCGGUUCACUCCUCUUGGUAUUUGGCAUGCCCAUCGCUCAUGUUACGGCAGGGUCGGCGUUGGUCGAGUUGGGGAUUGUGAAGAAUAUAGCUGAUGGUGGAUGGGGAGGUUUGGCUGUGGCGGCAGUUUGGGCGGCUUGGUGGGCUUGGGGUGUAGGGUGUGCGACCAGGAGGUGCAUCGCGGAGGAUGAAGAGAUGAGAAAGAUGUUUGGAAAGGAGUGGGAAGAGUACGCGAAGAAGGUUAGGUGGUGGUUUAUUCCUGGAGUGUUCUGAACGGGUUGACAGGACGAGGUCAGUCGGAAACGGUAAACAUUUCUCAUCUCCGCCAUGUGCUCGAUGAGGGCGAGACUUUUGGUGCUCAUUGUGUGUGUACAGAUGAUGUGACGUAGGCACUAUUUAUUCCCUCCUUGUCUUUCCUUAGGUCUCUUUUGUAGACGAUCAUUUGAGGGUCUCUAAUUAAUAUAUAUGCU